AACGAUUUAUUUGAGGAUUAGUUUUGUAAUUUACAUUUAUUAAAUGGUUAAAUCCGUCAUAAUUUUCUUAAUAUUAUAUUAGCUAAAAUUAGUUCACCCCCAGUUUUUGUCUCCAAAUGGUUUGAUACCAAAUGGCAAUGGCAUCAAUUUAUCGGCUGAUUCAAAUCGCCAGAAUGCAAACAGCCCUCUUCCCUUGCAGAAAACCUUAAUCUGGAACCACAAAUCAGAUUUGAUGAACGGACGUUGAAUCCGGUGUUGGAGGUGCGAUUUGGUCUCUAGGUUUUGUUUUCGUACUCCAAUUCAUCAAUCUAUCAAGCAAACUCAGUUGGGUCAAUCGUCGUCGUCGUCGUCGUCGUCAUGAAUCUGAUGAAUCGGAUCGACGAUGAACCAUCUUUAGGGUUUAUGGAAACCAAGAUUUUGAACCCUAGUACGUCUUAUUUGAGUUUUGGGAAAGGAAAAGCUGAUGACAACUUGAAUGAUCACAACAUUAGUGAUGAAGAUGAGCCAAGUUUCAUGGAAGAUGAUAACUCUAACAAGGGUCGAAAGGGUUCGUCGCCGUGGCAGCGAAUGAAAUGGUCGGAUAGCCGAGUUCGGCUUCUGAUUCAGGUUGUGGCUUGUGUCGGAGAUGAUGGCACGCUCGAUGGUGGUUCGAGUCGGAAAUCAGUGUGUUUACAGAAAAAGGGGAAAUGGAAAACGGUUUCGAAGAUCAUGGUGACGAAAGGAUGUCAAGUUUCACCUCAGCAGUGCGAAGAUAAGUUCAACGAUCUUAACAAAAGGUAUAAACGAUUGAACGACAUUCUGGGACGAGGAACUUCGUGUAGAGUGGUUGAAAACCCGUCUCUAAUGGAGUCUAUGCCACGGUUAUCGGCUAAAACAAAGGAAGAUGUCAAGAAAAUCUUGAAUUCGAAGCACCUUUUUUAUCCGGAAAUGUGUGCUUACCAUAACGGUCAACGGAUUCCGAAUUGCACUGAACUCGAUCUUAUGCAGGUUCGUGAAACGCCCGUUAUCGGUCAAUGUUCAAAGGAGAACAAUCGUAGUUCUGAUGAAGGAGAAGAUAGUGAUGGAAGUGACGAUGAUGACGAUGAUGAUUCGGACCAUGAAGACGAUGAGCAUAAAAAUGGCGGUGAAGAUGGUCAUCUUGAAAGGGGUAAUAGCCGUUUUCGUGACGAGAUUAAUGAAGUUUUCGAAGAUCCUAAUAAUUCGAAGCUGCAAAAGAAAGAAUGGGUUAAGAAGCGAAUGUUGCAAUUACAAGAACAGCGGAUCGGGAUCGAAGCCGAAGCUUUUGAAAUGGAGAAAAGACGGUUUAAAUGGCAAAGAUUUUGCGAUAGGAAAGACCGAGAGCUGGAGAUCUCGAGACUGGAGAACGAGAGGUCGAUGUUGGAGAAUGAACGUAUGGCGUUGCAAUUAAAGCAUAGGGAGCAUGUCGUCGAGUCUGAGUAGCUCAUUCUGUUCGAUCUUCGAUUAUUACUCGAGGUAUCCUGUAAAUGACCUCGAAUAUCUUGUAGUGUAUGAAAUGCCUAAACGUUUAUGUUAUGUUGUUUGUGGAUUUUCGAGUUCCGGAAGCA